AAUUGGCGAGAUGACAUACAAACCGACCCCGUCGGUCCCCCUCCCUCUCCCGGCCAAGCCUCAUCUUGUUUCAAGAAACGUCGCCGUCAUCGGUGCCGGCGCCGCCGGCCUCUCUGCCGCCCUGGAACUUCGCAAAGAAGGCCACAUCGUCGUCGUCUACGAGCGGGCAACCCAGGUUGGUGGGACCUGGGCGUACACACCCGAAACAGAGACCGACCCGCUGGGACUCGAUCCGGCCCGAAAAGUCAUCCACUCCAGCCUCUACGCCUCGCUGCGGACGAACCUGCCCCGGGAGGUCAUGGGCUUCCGGGCCUACCCGUUCGUGGCGAGCGGGAAGCCCGGGAGAGAUCCGAGGAGGUUUCCGGGUCACGGUGAGGUGUUGGAGUAUUUGAGAGAUUUUGCCGACGAGUUUAGGCUCGGUGAGUUGGUUAGGUUCGGGAAUGAGGUGUCGCAUGUGGGGUUGGCCGAGGGUCGGAAAUGGUCGGUGAGAUCGAAAAUUGGGAAUGGGGAACAUGGAUACGAUGAGGUGUACGACGCUGUGGUAGUCUGCAACGGCCAUUAUACGGAGCCCCGUGUUGCAGAUAUACCUGGAAUUGAUGAGUGGCCAGGGAAGCAGAUUCAUAGCCACAACUAUCGCAUUCCUGAUCCCUUUCAUAAUCAAGUUGUGGUGCUAAUCGGGAGUUCAGCAAGUGCUGAUGAUAUCUCCCUUGAUAUUGCUAAAGUUGCCAAAGAAGUACAUAUUGCAUCUCGAUCAUUCCAGACUGUAGAUACUGGAAAAUUGUCUGGGCACGAUAAAAUUUGGCUACAUCCCAUGAUCGAAAGAGUUGAUAAAGAUGGUACAGUCACUUUCCAAGAUGGAAAUGCAAUCUAUGCAGAAGUGAUCCUUCACUGCACUGGGUACAAGUAUCAUUUUCCUUUUCUGGAAACAAAUGGCAUCGUGACUGUGGAAGACAAUCGUGUGGGCCCACUUUAUAAACACAUUUUCCCUCCCACCUUUGCGCCGUGGCUUUCAUUUGUUGGCUUGCCAUGGAAGGUUGUACCUUUUCCCUUGUUUGAAUUCCAGAGCAAGUGGAUUGCUGGGGUUUUAUCCGGACGAGUUCCCCUUGAAUCCACAAAGGAAAUGAUGGCUGAUAUUGAAGCUUUUUACUCGUCACUGGAAGCAUCCGGAACCCCCAUGCGGUACACUCAUCAAAUUGGUGAUUCUCAGUUUGAGUAUGACGAUUGGUUGGCUGCCAAGAGCGGCGCACCUCCAACAGAAGAAUGGAGAAAGGAAAUGUACUUUGUGAGCUGGAGGAGAAAGAGGGACACGCCCGAGACUUAUCGUGACCAAUGGGAAGACCAACAUUUGAUCCAACUUGCUCAUCAAGACUUCGAACGACACACUCCAGUGGUCUAUGUAUAGAAACACUGUCUGAAUUCUUAUCAGGAUGUUAUUUUGAACAUUGUUCUGAUAUAAUGUAUAAUAAUGUUGCACAAAUUAUUGUGUAAGAUAGUUUAACCAUUAGGUUGAUCAAUUCAUCACACAAUGUGAAUAAAAAUACCCCUUGAAGUGUAUUUUAGGAGUGAAAACUGGAGUCUGGACUAAAUAAAAUUGGAAUUAGGUUUAAAUGAAAAAAA